GUAACAUGACAGUAGUCGGUGGUGGCUGUCAAGCGAUUGCGUCCCCGUUUAUUUUAGCCGACAAUAUUCCUUACUUAAGGCUAGUAGUGCUUUAUCAAGUGCUUUGUCACUCUCCCGUCCCAUGUCCAUGUGAAAUCCCUCCUAUGUCCAUGUCAAGAAGAAGAAGUACUUAUGCUGAGUGGAGUCCACCUUCAUAGAUCAUUUAAGAGGGGGACUCUAAGUCUAACUAAGGGGUAAAAUAAUUUGAUAAAGGGGAAGAACGACCCACUCAACCAAGCAUGUUGAUAAAAAUGAAAGAUGUUGACUACGACCUUUAAAUUACGGCGACCAGGAUGGAAAAAAUGGGGGAUGGCAAUGCGGUGGCGGAUCGCCCGAGCACAUGGUGUGGGUAUUCUGUUCGAGGGAUAUCCAAGUCAAGCUAGUCGAGGCCGAAGUAGAUGAUGGAGGGCAGGUCGACUGCUAUGCGAGUGUUACGGCGUGGGCUUUUUGUUCUUGUUGAUGUUGGUCUGUCUGAUUGAUUCACCUACUUCAGAAGGAGCGUUGGCCGAAAAGAAAACACAUGACAUGGCCGAAAAGAAAACACGACCAUAUUACAGAAAAAGAUAACACAGUUCAGCUUCAGGGUUCAUCGUGAGCAACAUCGGUUUCUAAGAUUGGCAGUUACACGAAGUUAAUCGGCGGCGGAUGUAAGCCAGGCGAUAGCGCGACGAGCCCAAAUAUUCACCACAGUGCACCGCCUCAAGACUCGAAUGGUACUGCGAUGAACAGUUGGUACUGCGCAGGGCAAGUAGGGGAUAAGAAGGUAAUAAGAGCUCUGUGUACCACUGACGACGUACCUAUCGAGAUAAACUUCGCGUCAGCGUCUGUGGGCUACAAGAACGCGAAGUGCAGUUCCCUGGACUACCGAAUAAUAGGCGGAGGUUGCGAAGUGAAAGUGGCGCCGGAACUGAUGACGAUGGCAGCCCCAACGUUUGAGACUCGUUACACGCCAGUGAGCGAGACCAUCGAAGUGUAUCGCUGCGGAGGCGGUGGGGUACAGAAGAGGGUUGCCUUAAGGCUUACCCAAAUGAAACAUCUUCCCGUUGUACUCCUGCCAUCCUUGGCUUUUUGUCGUCACGUUGCUCGUUUUUUUAAUUCUGUAACGACCUCGUCUAAUCGCCGCCAUUUGUAGUACGCUUUUUGUUUUAUUGUUGACCAUCAAGAUCAACUUCACGCUGUCUGUGUCUUGAUUUCGAUCAUGAUCACACUCGUCUAAUUUCCGCCAUUUGUAUGCUAGACCCGUCUCAGCAAGGACUAAUAGCGGAUCUCGAUCGUCCUAUCUACACUUCCCUCAUCGUCGGACCCAUUAGUGGGGGCACAGAUACGAGAGCAGCCUGUCCUCGAAACAUGGCAGUCGUUGGAGGCGGUUGCGUCGCUUAUGGAGGAACGGAACCGAGGCUGCAGCUUAAUAUUCCUUACGGAGACGUGGAUGGGAAGAAUGGGGGCUGGCGUUGCAAAGGCACUACGACGCAUUCGGCCUGGGUCGUUUGCUCCCCCAAUAUUAAAUUACGGGCAGGCGCUUAAAGGUCGCGUUCCUGUUACCGUUUGAUGGUCUGGCUCUCCUGAGGGAGACGCCUAAGGCUAAGGGAGACAGACAUAAAUGAGAACAAACGGGACUACACAGAGACACCAAAUUAAUAAAAUAAACCCAAUCUCUAACUAAAGUCUAUCUUGCUGCAGGAUACAAAACUUCAGCUGCCUCAAAAGUGUUUGCGGAGACUGGUGUCGUCGCCGCUUGCCCAGAUGGAAGAGAAGCAGAAAACUUUCCUUACCGUACUUAUCGGACGUUGCUCUUAAGACUUAUUCUUAUACAUAGAUACAUUCAUGAAUUCAUCUUUGUUUGCUGGAUCUCUGCAGCACAAGAAAAAUAUUCUUCUUAUCUUACUAGACCAGAUUAAUACACCAGCACUAAUUUUUCUUCUUUCCGUCUGAUAUUAGUCAAGAGAUGCAGUAGCAGUUCUUGCAGGUCCAAGAAGAUGAAUUUCGCAUGAAAAGUCUAAUACUCGGAGGCGGUUGCGAACCAGGCAAAGAAACAGAUUUGAUCGGUUAUUCCGCUCCCAAGGUGGAUAUCCAUGGAUACCCUCACCCACAAUGGCGUUGCAAGUCACCUGAUGACGAGGCAGAUAAGAGGGCUUGGGCGUUGUGCACGGAGACUGAUGUUCCAAUAGCGGCUACCAUGUGGGCUGAAUUUCCGAACGCCUGGGUCGGCCAAGAGUGCCCCGAUGACUAUGAUAUAAUUGGCGGCGGCUGUCACUCCGUGGACGAUGGUAAGAUGGAGCAGGCGUCGAUUAGCAGUCAUGACUCCGGAAGAAAGUUAAGACUUGAUGCACGGAUCAUGAUAGAUUCUGAUUCAUCGAAGUUCUGAAGAGGCUUCUUGGGUUUGGGAUUCAAUUACUUAUCAUCAUCUUUUACUAGUACACUCUUUCUUGCAGAUACAAGACGAAAAAACGAAGCAAGCUGAAAAUUUUAGAAGGUAGAUGAUUACAGAACAAGGUAGUAAAAGGUCUAAGAAAAUCGUAUUUUACGUGUGGCGGCGGUGCCGGUAAGAAGAGCAUAAAUGCGCUCUGUUUGAGGAGCCCCACCGUGCAGAAACAAUUAUCGGGUCUCAAUAGCAAAGAAUACGAAUUCUGGGGCGUCAAGGAUAUCGUUGCUUACUCGCUGCUUCCCGCAAAUCAGGAUGGAAAUCCAUACAAUUUCCCGUGCGAUCCGUUUCCAUUGUAUUUAGAUGGAAUCCCGUUUUCAAUGGAUCGAGCCAAACAACUCUGCGCGGGAACUGAAAAUUUUGCUUUCUGUUAAGGCAAAGCAUAGGUCGUGGCUUGUUGUAGUAGUAAGUAAGUACUUCUACAGAGAGCGUCAUCUAAUUAGUAAGAACUCUAUUUCGAAUAUUAAUAAUAUAUGCACGAGUGCUUUAUAUUCAGGUGACGAGUACUAAAGAGAACAGCAACAGCGCGCCCUCUUGGCCGCUGUGCUGUCGGUUGGGUUUCUUGUCUUCGCUCUCACUGAGAGCGCCGGUUGAGCGCGUUUCCUCAGCCCACCCUGGCUCCUCACGAGUCGUCCGUCGCUCGGCUCCCCUCCCUUUUUAAGGGCUUGCUGGAUAGGCCCUCUUUCUGUCCGGCUCGAAGUCUGUCUCGUGCAGUCACCGCGAGGAACUGCGCCGUUGCCGGCCUUCUUUGCGGCUGUUCGGCUCUCGGUCUUGUCCCUCGUCGGUCCAAGGUUGGCCACCUCGCGCGCCACUGUGCAAGGGAGUCGCGGUGUAGCUAUUUCGGUCUCUGUGCCCGGUUCCACUCUUCGCUGCUGUAUCUCGUGCGACUGUCAUGUAUAUACAUAGCGCUUACUCUUCUUCAUAGUGCCGAAUCUAGAUUAUGAAUAUUUCCUCUGUUAAUUAUAUAUAUUUAUCGAAUACCAAGUUGAAGGUGGUCUUCGCCUUUUAUUUUGGCCUUCAUCUUUCUCACUCACCAUUAGAACAAAAGAUAACACGAAAAUAAAAUCGUGAUCAACAAAGAGCGGAUCGUGGAGAAAAGAACAAAGGCGGCCAACACCUCCCCUUGUAUUUUUGUAGUAGUUUUUUUUUUUUCGUUUUUACUUCCUCUAACCCUGGGACAUCCACCGAGUCGGCGGUUGUGUGACGGCAAACUGCCGAAUCGAUGACGUGAGCAAUGUCCAAAGCUGUUGCAUGACCUCCACCUCCACUUCGACGACGACGACCUUCUUAAACUUCGAUCCUCACUUGAAGUUAAGGCCCAUCUUGAUUCGUCUUCAUGACGUCUUCAACUUGACAGGGUACUAUUGGUAUUCUUUGUUCGUCUUCGUCUUUAACGUCACAGGGUACCUACUGGUAUUCUUCAUUCGUCUUCAACUACACAGGGCGGUUACUCUUCUCUCGGUAUUGGUAUUCUUUCAUCCUUCGUGGAUUUGGAUUCUGAGAUAUCAUGAGUGUAAAAGAUGAAAUAUCGUGGGCGGGGUGGGCGCUAAUGAAACCGUUUAUCCGCUUAGCAACUGGGGACUGCCUUCGCGUGAAUGUAGACCACGUAGCUUGGGAGCAUGUCAGUUCGAUCUACGCAAGUCACGACUUCAGACAGUGUUUUGGAGCCAGCGGAACUUAUCUUACGUCUUCUUGAGUUUCUACCUCCUGCUCAUGACUUCUUGCACAAAAGUUUUAGAAGUAGUUCUUCUCAGGAGUUGAAUGGUUCGUCCGGCAUUUGGUAACCUGAAAUUGAUCACAAGGGCUCUCUCCUUGUUUUCCCUUAUGAUCGAACUCAGGUUACCAAAUACCGGACGCAUACAUCACCAGGUCUUUCGUUUGCGUUCUUUACCUAGGUAUAACUUCUUCAUCACGAAGUCGAUUAAUAUAGUUACGAGAUGAUAGAUGCACUCCUGUCUUCUCAAGAAGAAGAAGUAGCACUGAAAUUCUUUUUAUCGUCCACCUCCACCAAUCUAAUGAUCGCUAUUGUCAGGGUUGGCUCCACAAAGUCGUUUUGAACGGACAAUGCUACUGCAGCAAUGCUACCGAAGAAACGCUCAAGGAUUUGCAAGGUCCUCUAUCCAUGAAAUUUGUAGACGCAAGCCCUGCUGCACAGGAGAACUCCGCAGCCAGUGAGCCUGGAUACUUAAGGCUGAACGACAAUACUGUGUAAAACUAUUUCACCAGAAUUGUAUGAUAUGCAUCUUAAAUAAUCUUUCUUUUUGUUUUUUUCUCCUUUUCUUGGAUUGAUUCAUCCGGGAAAAUUAUGAGCUUAUUUUUAGGACAUGAAGAUGAAUACGAAUAGUGAAUUAUUAUAAAUAUUUCUUUCUAAGAAAUGAUCAGGGAAUGCGUCCUUACGACUUGUUGCUACCUCCGCCAUCCUAUGGAGCACGACCAUACCUGUCGACUAUCGCGGACACGUUAUUUCCCAGGAUCGGUGGCCCCGAACUGGCAACAGAUUUGGACUCAACGUCUAGUCGUUAUAUUUCUCUGUCCGUGCCGAAGUUUGAUCUUACGAAUGUUGCCGCAGCGACGCAAAAUUGUGCGUGGCUCGAAGUGGAUGUGUCAGGCGCGAAGAGUGAGGCGCCGCCAGCCGAGCAAGGGAAUUCGGAGGGCUCAACGGAUGAUGACGACGACGAAGCAAGUAAUGAGAAUCUUAAGGCUCUAAAAAUUUGAAAUCAUAUGCCAUAUUCCUUGUUCGCAACAAAUUCGUUGGUGCCGUUUUUGGACGCAGAGCAAAUAAGAACAACUACAUGCUCUAUGGGUGUGGUAUAGAAGUAAGACAGGUUUUGCUUAGUAUGUUGCUCCUUCUAAGAAUCAGUGGGAUGCAAUCAACUCGCGCAUUGACUUGCAGUACAAGCGGGUGAGAGAGGUGAAAAUAACACUUCCCGGCUGUGUCGAUCCAGAAGAGAACUCGCGCAUGGACUACAUGUGUUUUCGCGAGUUGAAACGUAUUUUCUAUGCUGAAGAAAACAGCGAUUACAUCUGGGCAAACUUCAGUAUGCCUUUCGCCCGAAACGAGAGCUACGUGCCUGGCGCAACGGGAUCCGAUUCCUUCGGAAUGAACAUUUCCUGGCAUGUGUAAGGCUAUAAUUUUUCGUGGAGUAAAAGUCUAAUAGUUUUUUGUAGUAUUGUAGGUACUUCUUGUAGUAGUUGUCCAACAUCGACUACUAACUUCAACUGCAAGACGAGAAAAAAGAAAAAACCUGAGAAACCUCCUUGAGGAUUUAGAGAAGGUGGACCACAAUGAGAGGAAUAGACAAGAAUAGGAGGGAUCAUGCACCAAGACCAAAGAUCAAAGAAACCAAUGAAUGUUGCUCAACAAGCAGUCGUUGUGAGGCGGCCACAUCUAAGACUCGGACCACAUGCAGCCUUACUUGGAAGAAGAUCUUGGCAUAGUGAUUGGUGUAGCUGACCAAAAGAGGCCGGAUGGCAAAUGUCGCUCAGCUUAUCCCCCCUUCGUCGAGUCAACUACGCCCGCCCCUUCAACAAACUCGACGACUGUUAUGAUCAAGACGAUGCUGGAUUCAGUUUGUGUUUGGCUGUUGAGAUAGAGUUAGAGGUUUAGAGGUACUUAAUUGAGGAUCUUCACUUCUUUUUAUAGAACACUUUGUUCACUGAAUCUGAAUUUAGUUUUCUUUUCCAACCACUACAAGUAAUGCUCCUAGGUCGCGAUAUAAUCAUGAUCGUUCAACAUCUCUCAUUAGCUUACAGGAUUUCGUAGCUGUAGCAGUUGCACUUCUGUUCGACGUCUUCUAACAUAAUCGCUCCCAGUAACAACCACACAGCGAACCCUGGCGUAUGCGACGUCAUCCAUUUUCGAGCUGGAAGGCUGUUGUCAUCGCAGAAAGUAGUAGCGUCAGGCCUGUCGAGAUACAGCGAACCGUAUGUAACCCUUUCCGUGAACUGUGAACCUUAUUCCGGAAAGUACGUCUACGUGGAACUCCAGAAUAGCACGAUUGCGAGAAGGAGACUGAGUCUUUUCUUAUGACGAACAAGCAUGGAGGCUUACGCUUAGAAAAGAAGUUGUAGUACAGUUUUUUCUUUUCCUUGAAGUUGAACUACUUGUUCAAGGGAAUACCUCCUCCAGGUUGUUGAGCCGGUAGAAGAUAAUACAUUCGACAGAAUUAUAGCACAAUACUACGCGCGGGGGAAGCGGAGGGCGAACCCGAAAAUCAUAAAUGUUCUUGUUUUGAGGUGACUGUGAGUUUUACACUUAGUAAUUCCUAGUACCUAAGAACAAGUACAGGCACAAGUUACCUCAUUGACAUUCAUCUUCUAAUUCCUGAUAUCUCAAUCGUCGGCUACGGUGCUCCGAUUUACGAGACUAUCGAUAAAAGAUUCUGCUCAAAGGGCGACGAGGCAACAAAGGCUGGCGCUACGGACUCGACGACGGCGUUGACAAACGAUGACUCUGGAGACUCUGGAACGGCUUUUUUGCAGGAAGGUGCAAAAUUGCAUCCACCAGGUAGUCGUAGUAGUAGAACUUCAACUUCGUCUAGCAGAGGGAUAGCUCUGUUGCAAAAAGAUGAAAAGGUAGCAGAGGACCUAGGGGAAAAGCAGGGGCUGGACAAGCAGGUGGACAAGGCGAAGGCAGAAAAGGCGGAGGCGGACCAAAAAAUACGGAGGCAUCACACUAACAAGGAGCAAGAACAAGAUCAAGUAGGGCAGCAUGCUGAAGAUGUUGACAUAGAAGUAGGAGAUGGCGAAAUACCAAGUGAAGAUCAUGCAGGUCCACUUGUUUCUCGAUGGGCUACAACUACAUCAAGAAAGAAAAAAUCCGGCAAAGCCAAACACCAUCUUGACCUUGUAGAAGAAAGAAGUAGAAGAGAUGACGAGGAGGAACAAGAUGCUGGCCGCGCUCUACGUACCGCGACGGUAGAGAAAGAACAGAAGCGUCGAAGGAAGGGGAAAGGGAAAAAAGCCACCAGAGUAGACAACGUAGUAGAGCAGGAGGAUCACUCUCGUGCUGUCCGAGGAAGACAUGAAGGACAUCAUCAUCAAGUAGUGGAGCAGCAGGAACGAGCUGCGUCGAGCUCAACCACGUCCAUUCUGCAUAGCGUCAGAAGUCUACUGAGGCGUGUCAUGCCUUCGUCGCUCUCAUCGUGGCUGCUCUUGUGAGAGCCCUCUGACCAAAUUGAGAAGAUAACGACAACAAGCAUCAAGCAAGAGGAAGAGGAUAAGAAAGUCAAGAUUUUGUAUUUGUGCUCGGAGCAAUACUUACUUUAAGUUCAAAUAAAGAGAAGCAGAAAUCGAUUCGUUUAAAUACAAUAUAUAAUACUUUUUGCAGCAGGGCCGUGUGCUCGUUGGAUAAGGAUUAUCGUUAGAUUCUAACACGAAGUACCAAUGUUUGUACAACAUCGCAGUGAGCAGUUAUUAAGAGAAGUCUGUCAUUUUUAUCACAAAAUAAACAUGGUGUAGAAACAUGACGCUCAAAAGACCAGUACGAAGUAGAACUACGUCCUUGUGGUUGUAGGCGGAUUGCGUACGCGUACCCGUAUUCAUUUUCAAAGAUCAUUUCAGCUUCGGGUUGUAACAAAAGCGCUGUAGAUCCUAUUCAUUGUAGUAGAACGAAGGACGCAGUAGUUAGUAGUGGUAUGUCUCUCACACGAAGUAUCAGUAUGUCUCUCAUAUUCAUGAAUACUUUUUACCACCAAACAAGGAAUUUGAAAUUCAAAGUCUUUGUGAUGAAUAAUUCAGAUGACAGAAUGAAUACUUACAGCUGCUGUAGUCAGCUUUUUUAGAUGAGCAGAACACUGGUACUGAAGUAAGUCUGUCACCUUCAGAAUAUCGUAAGUGAACACAAAAUCGAUGAAAAGUACAGGCUGUAGCGUUGAAUAUCAUGUAUGAUCAUUUUUUGGGUACAUUUUGGUGCAUUUCAAGUAUGUUAUAGGAUCAUACAGCCGAAGUAGCUGUUGCACAUCUUUCAAGGUGCAGCAGCGUGAGUAUCGGAGAAAUUAACUUCUUUGUCCUCUUUGUUCUGAGCGAGUACAAGGACGAUGAAGAUGCGCAUGCUCUUCUACUUUGGAAUUGGAUAGAUUAGAAAAUCGUGUCUCUGUAAUAAUUUCCAAGAAUUCUUACCAUUACCUCCUCUGAUCAAAAGUAAGAUCCAACUACGAAUAUCAAGUGUCAAGCAAGGUAAUAAAUAGUAAUACUCGAACUCCUACACGUACGUGUACGACGUCUAGUCCAUUUAUUUUACAGUAUUUUGAAGAUUUUUAUCUGAAGGAGUAUUAGGUGUAGAAUUCAGAUAAUAUUCAGACUUCUCAACUUUUAUGUGUAUUGCUAUUGUGGCUAAAACAGUAUCUUUGCGUCGGGCUGAGCGACGUAGGCAGAUGUUAGUCAAUGCUUCGAGCAACUCGCAAGCAAACAGGGUGCGAGUUGCUCGAAGGAAUCACCGUGGCAUAGCAUCUACUUGGUGUCUAGUACAUCAGCCGAUUGAUUUCUAUGCUUGCUGUUGAUGGUGUCUAAGUACAGGCUUGAUGUUGAUCAUGUUCAUGAAGUUCGUACGUCGGGCUCGUGCUCGUGGACGAAAUUCACGGUGAUUCAUCGUCAGGCAUGGCAAGCGAGUAGAAGAAUGGUCAACGUCGGCAACUGGAAUGAAGAAAUAACAGGCAAGAGCAAGAGAACAGUGAUUUGCAUUUCAUUUUUAUCGUUUUAGGUCUGAUGAAGUUGAAGACAGCAUUCAUCACGUUAAGUAACGAUGAACAAGACGAACGCUCUGAAGGAUGAGCAUGGGCAUGUUGUCAGAGUCAGCAGGCUCCUAGAAU